UAGACUUUCUUUAACAAAGAGAUGCCGCGAAGAAAUUCUGUCUAAAAGUGUAGACCUCUCUAGUCUCAGUAAAGGUAUUGUGAUGUCGCCUAGCUUUUAAACUUUCAGAUCAUUUAAUAGACAAAUUUCAAUUUAAGUGAACAAAAUGGAUGGCAUAUUGGAUGUUCACAUCUGUGGAGCCUGUCGCCUAGAAUUCUCUGAUAUUUUUCAGUUUAUAAAUCAUAAAAAAGAAUGCUAUCUCUCAAAUAUGAGCAGCUUACAGCCUUCUGUGAAUUCACUUGAUCCAGAUAAAAAGAUGACUCAAUUUUCAGCUGCUGGUGCUAGAGGACAAAUCUGUUACUCAAAUCAAUCUGAUGUGCCCUCAGGAAAGAAAUCCUCCGUUAAACAGAAAAGCAACAGGCCCAGGAAUGUCACCACCACAUUACCUUUGAGCUCAACCCCAGCAGGUGUAAGUCACAGCUUGUUAAGUCUCUCCAGCCACAGCACUACACAACCUGGCCAUAAAAAGUCUUCGAGCAGAACACAAAAUAAUUUGACACAAAUAACAGAACCAGGUAAUGAAUGUUUAUAUAAGAAAAGGUCUUCAACAAGACAUGUUAAAGGUAUUUCCACAGAUGAUAUAGCUGUGUACGUUGUCAGUCCGAACUCUUUUGCAUCUUCAAUAAAAGAUGAAUGUGACAGGUUGGAUUCCCAGAAACAUUUGUGUUCCAGGAACCUGUGGUCAGUUUCUACAGUUGACCACAACAGCUGCACACAAGAUUUGUACACGUCUAACUUGCCAAAGCCCCAGGGGUCUUGCAUUAAGACUGAAGACUUCACUUCCCACUCACAGUUUGACACCAAUCAUUCAUGUGGGAUUGACACACCCCUCUCACAACACAGUGACAGGGUGCAAAUAUUCACUUCUGAUGUGGAUGUGACCUCAGACUCACAUGGUUCAACCCCAUGUCCAGAGGACUUAGAAGUAGGUCAGAUAUCUGCGGCCAUGUUGGGUAGAAAAAUCACACCAGAGAUGCCGCGUUCCCUGAUGGGCCUGAGCCAGAAUGUCAGCACAGUCUCACAAGCCAGUGACUCCAUCUCUCACAAGGUUCCUGACUACAUCAGAGAGAACACAGCCAGCGCUCCCAUUAUGAACGUGGAUGCUAAAACAAGGAGACGUGUUUCUGUGGAGAAAAGGGAAAGGCUGCAGGGUGUCUCCGAUGACUUGCUGUCCUGUUCUCCAUUGCUGGAGUUUAUCUCAGAUCCCAGCAGUAAAAAAUGUGUAAGCAAGAUGUCUUCCAGCAACAGAAAUUUGAUUGAAUCUUCUCAGCAGGCCAACCAGACUCAGCCAAUGGCAGGCUACAAGGCCAUCUUUACCAGUCCAUCUAGUGCUGGCCAUCGACUGGCUCCUACCAUUGCAGAUCAGCCCUCUGCUCUUGAUGAGCACCCUAUCAUUUCUCAUGCCCAGAAAAGCUCACGGCCAUUGGUGUAUAAAAAUAUUUCAGCAUCUGCUAAAAGUGCCAGUUGUAGAACCAGGUUACAAUCUAGUGCAGCUCUUAAACUUGAGAAAACAGAAAAGAAAUCACCUUUGCAUAAUGAAAGUUCAACACUUGCGGAGUCAAUAUACAUAGAUAGAGAUGCUUGUCCUAUGUUAAUACCGUCCGAAGAUGUUUCUUAUCAAAGUGCAGGGGUGGUUAAUUCUGAAGGAAAUCUUUUAAUGAACUCAGUUUCAUCCCUUGAAUUUAACUCAGGUGCUCCAGUAUACCUAGAGGCCCAGGACUUACUGAAUGAUGGAGGGGAGACAAGGAUCAACCCAUCCACAGCUUUUCAUCUGGUCACCCACAAACCAGUAAGUCAGAAGAUGCCAACAGCCUCAUUAGUUUAUCAGACAAUACCAACAGAUGACAUCUCUAAAUCUAAGUUGGCCAUCCUUUCCCACGGUAAUGACACAAUUGGUUUGUAUUCACCCACAACGUCCGCGUCAUAUGAUGAAAAUUCUGUCAUAAUUUUGGUUAAAAACAGCGAUGGCAGUAUUUUAAUGCUGCCGAAAUGUUCAGACCAGCCUGGUACCUUAUUGAGUGAAGGAAAUAUCAGGGAGGGGAGUUCUCUAGAUGCAGGAUCUGUCUUCGCCUUUGCCACUGGUCAGAAUAUGUACCCCAGCAACGGGUUGACUCAGCAGCUUGGCAACGAGCCGAACACAUACAUCUGUGUGACUCAAAAUACUGCCCCAGAAGUGGCCAUACCUCAGUACCUGUUCAGAAACCUGGCCACUGUCACUCCGCCCUUCCCCCAUUUUAUCACAGUACCAGGAGAAUCUGUGGUUGGGAAUUCUACUGGAGCAUAUGUCAUCACUCAGCCUACUCACACUGUGGUGGAGGAGAACCAGACACCUGUAGCUAAAAUUAAAGAAACCAAACCACUGGUUGUGGAAAGAGAGAAAUGUAUUAGGAAGCCAAGGAAAGUAACUGGCAGUGCACAGCCUUCCACUGUAAAAAAUAGUUCUGCAGAUGUGAAUGUAAAGAAACAACCUGCUCCACAAAAUGUCCUUGGAGAGACUCCAGAAGUUGCCAGCACAGUGUCAGAGGACAAACAGGAGAUAAAGAAGGAUCAAGUUUUCAUAUGCAAAGUUGAUAAAUGCAGCUAUAAAACCACUGUGUACAAAGACUUCCAGAGACACUACAGAAUACACACUGGUGAGAAGCCCUUUCAGUGCAAGGAUUGUGAUAAAAGUUUCAACAGGUCUGACAAACUCAAGAUCCACUCCAGGUUUCAUGAAGGGAUUAAACCUUUCAAAUGUCACCUAUGUAGCUAUGCUACAGUGGAUGGUGGCAGCCUUAAGAAACACAUGAGAAUACACACAGGGGAAAGACCAUUUAAGUGCCAAAUCUGCUCCCACGCCAGCAGAAACUCCAGCCAGUUGGUGGUCCACCUGCGCACACACACAGGGGAUUCCCCCUUCCAUUGCAACACAUGCUCUGCCAAGUUCAAGAUCAACUCUGACCUCAAACGCCAUAUGCGCAUUCACACAGGAGAGAAACCUUACAAGUGUGAGUUCUGUGACUACAAGUCAUCUAAUGGAGGCAACCUGAAGAACCAUGUGAAGUUCAACCACUCCAAGGAAAAUGAAAUAAGCUGCAGCGAGUGUGACUUUGUCACCUCCUCCAGGAAACGGCUGAAAGAACACUCCAAGCUGCACGACCCCAAGCAGAUGAUCAAGUGCCAACAGUGUGACUACACCUGCACUAGUCUCAACGCCCUGCGCAGCCAUAACAGCAUACACUUGUCCGUCAAACCUUACCGCUGUAACUACUGUACGUUUACGUCAAAACAAAGUGGUAGCCUGAAGAAACAUGUCCAAACUCAGCACAUAGACAAGAUGCUGGCUGCAGCGAAGGGUAAAAAAAGCACAGCUGCAAGCUUAGGAAAUAAUUUACUGAAAGAAAAUAAAGCAGCUAGAGAGAAAGUGGACGAGCGCAGAGCACGAGGAAACGUGUCCUGUUACAAAAGGGUGCAUGUUUGCAAGGAGUGUGGAUCCAGUUUUGUCAGGGAAGAUUCUCUAAGGAGUCACAUGAAACAACAUGGUCAAGGGGAGAACAAUGCCCCAUUAGAGCAGAAACAAGACCAGUUUAGCACACAUCAGGCCACUAAAACUGGUACACAGCCUGGUACUGCAAGCAAGCUACAGGGCAAUCCUGAUGGAAAGUUGUCUGAUAACACAAAUGUCAGUGUGUCCGAACCUGUGACCUUGACCCAGAAGUCAACAGGUCACGACACGUCAGGCUUCCCAGAGCUAAAAACUGAAGAUGGCAGUGAGGACCUGAAGGCUUGUGUCCCUCAGGAGUCUACAUCAUUACCUGGAGGUCAGCAGGGAGGUCAGCAGAAGGCUGUUACCCACCUGCCCUGGGAACAUAGGUCCUACACCUUGUCAGUCUCAGACAAGGAGAAAAGUUCUCCCCAGCAAGGCACAUCCAGUGAAAACAUGCACGCGCCGUCUCAGAAAAGAAAGUCCACCAAGUAUGACAUUCACGGGGUCGAACCACUUGCCAAUAAAAACCAAAGUUUACAUCAGAAUGUGGCUCAUGUUAGCCCUGGUAUUAAUGCCGCACAUGCUCAGAAGAGGAGGAAACACACGGGUGUGUCACCCCAGAUAUUGUCGCCCACACCAAAAAACUACUCCACCCCUGUCAUACUGUCACCUCAACAGCCAGCCUGCCAGACACAAAUAUUUUUGCAGCAACCUUUGACCUCCAAUGCUCCAAACUGUGAUUUGUCUUCAGAAUUGAAGACGACAUUAAUUUUAACAAAUCAGAAUUUCUGCCAUCAGUUGAGUUCACCACCCAACUCCCUUCUUCAGUUCCACCCUGGAGCUCAGAUCCAGAUAGUUCUUCCAAGUACCUCAAUACCUGGGAUGGUCCAGGAUAGCAAACAACAGGUCUUCAUACCACAUCAUGACAUAGCACUUCAGGCAGCUGGUCAAGUUGAAGCACAAAUGUUUACCAUAACAGAGAAUCAUGAGGUUAUGUCAUCCCCUUUGGCUCAAAUCUAAGUGAUAGAAUUAUUCUGUGCCUUCUAACUCAAAGGAAAGCAAUGAGCUAAAGAUGUCAGUAGCUUAACACUGGCAUGUGUUGAAUGGAUAUGUUACUGGUCCAACAAACAGAAGCUCUAUCCAUGUUCAGACAUCAGUUUUCUUGCAGAUAGUUGAUUUUUAUCUGGUGAAGUCAGUCUUAAAUGAGGGAAUAUUCCAAGAAUCUUCAUUGAGAAUUAUCAUUUUGAAUGAACAUGUAUUUUCAAUAGCUCGGGAUUUUAAAGUGUAAAAUAUUAUUUUAUGGAAAAAGGUUAAGUAGUGUCCUAUAGAGUGUAAAAAUACAAUUUGAAACAGUGCCUCCUCCAACCAUUAUACAAUGUCCAUUUGAAUAUCUUGAUGAUGUAAUUACAAUAUUUUAUGUAAUCAUACUCAUUAUAAAUGGAUGUAAGCCAACAGCUGGUUGACAUUUAUGAUCCUUUUUUUUUUUUAG